UUAUCAAUCCCUCCGCUUGAAUCUUUGGGGGCUGUUGAUAACAUUGAUAACUUUAUUGCAUUAAACUCUACCAAGAUCUUAUUGGUUGCAGUAGCGUCAUAUGGAGUGCGUUCCUGGGGGACAAGGCUAGGGAUCCAUCUUAUUCAACUUUUACCACCUUACCAUUCGAGCAUUUCGAUUUUUUUCUUGACCGCCUUCUCAACGACACGCAUUAAGACGCGGUGUGCCAUACGGCAUAUUUUUUUUUUUCGGUUUUAUUCUUCCCUUAAACACUGCUAUCCUAUUCGGUGUUAUACUCGGUCGGGGUUGAAUACGGAGCGGAAGCAAGAAAGGAAGAAAAAUUUUUGUCCUGCACGUCAAAUUAUUAUUUUAUGCUUUUAUUACCACGUUUUUCACCUUCGUCUUCACCGCUUCAUACCGACGGGUAGACUAGUGUUGGUUUCCGCCCCCCGCCCGAUAGAAAUUUUCGGAGAGAUCUUAAGAUCUCGAAAGGAAAGAAGAAGAAAAAACACGAUAUUCCAAGAGAACGGGGAGACCCACGGUCCCAAUCAUCGUCAUGGCCCCAUCCAGCCCUGUGAAAGUUGUGCUUCUAGAUAUUGAGGGCACAGUUUGUCCAAUCUCAUUUGUCAAAGAUGUACUGUUUCCCUACGCACUAAGUGUUCUCCCGGAGACAUUGAAAACCCAAUGGGAUAGUCCAGACUUUGCAAAGUAUAGGAACGCAUUUCCAUCGGAAUAUUCUUCAUCCAAGGAUGCGCUAGAAGCACACGUCAGAGACCUUGUGGAAAAGGAUGUAAAAAUAUCCUAUCUUAAAAGUCUCCAAGGCUACCUAUGGGCGGAGGGAUACGCUUCAGGUGACUUGAAAGCCCCCCUAUUUCCGGACGUUGCCGCAAAGCUCUUAGAAUGGCAACGCAAGGGCCUUAAUAUAAUGAUCUAUUCGUCUGGGUCUGUAGCGGCACAGAAGUUGUUCUUCGGCCACACAGACGGCGCCCAGUCCGAUCUGACACCACUGAUCUCAGAUUGGUUUGACACCGUCAAUGCUGGGCUCAAGACAGAGACGGACAGCUACAAGAAAAUCGCCAAUCAACAUCCCGAGUUUUCGCCCGCGGAAUGGCUAUUCCUAAGCGAUAACGUUAAGGAAGUGGAGGCUGCGAUCCAAGCUGGUAUGCAGAGCAUCGUCGUUCAACGUCCUGGAAAUGCACCUUUAUCGCCCGAGGUACCACAACGGUUACGAGUCAUAGAGACAUUUGAUUCCCUCGACGAUGAUCUCAAUGUGCGCACGAAGUAACAGGGCCGCACGGGAUGAGCCAGCAGGGCUAACCAACGAGCACAAUACCGCCCCCCGUAUCGGGGGGCGCUUACAACAAGUCGAGAUGAGAAUAAGCAAAUCGGACUAAAAGGAAAAGACUAAGUGUAACUUGGCUAGACCAGCGGGCCAAUCCGAGCUGUGUCCCUCCGGUUGAUGGUGUCUAAAGGAUUGGCAAAUCGACCGGCACUCGACUCGACGGGGAAGAGCUCACGAUUUGUAGGCUAAUCAGCAGACCGAUCGUUUCCUAGAGGAUCCAAGUGUUCCCUAUUUUCCCCAAGCGUGAUAAACAAAGUCCGGCAAAGCUGUAGCUUGAAGCGGACCGUAGUUACGCGACCACUGCUUUAGUAAGCCAAGAACUGUAUCUCCUUAAUAAGAGAGUCGCCGGCUAUCACAGAAUCAGAGCUGAAACAGAGUAACGACAUCUCUUCGAGUCGAUCGAAGACAAGUGU